UAUAUGGGUGGUGGUGCGGAAGCACACGCUCGAUUCAAGCAAUAUGAGUAUAGAGCAAACUCGAGUCUUGUUGUCACGACGGUUUCUCGCCCACGUGAUACUCACGAGCCCACUGGCGAGCCUGAAUCUCUCUGGGGUAAGAUUGACCCCAGAAGCUUUGGUGACCGUUCUUACAGGGGCAGACCCCCCGAGUUAGAUGAGAAAUUAAAGAAAUCUAAGAAGAAGAAGGAGCGUGAUCUGCUUGCUGAACCUGUUCCUCGACAGAGCAAGAGAUUUGGUCUUUGUCAAGAGAGCGUUCUUACUUCCUCUGAGGAAGGGCUUUACCAGCCCACGACCGAGGAAACCAGAGAUGCCUAUGAGCAUAUGCUCAGUGUCAUUCAACAACAGUUGGGUGGUCAGCCUCUUGAUAUUGUUAGUGCGGCUGCUGACGAGAUUUUGGCUGUUCUUAAGAAUGACACUGUUCAAAACCCUGAUAAGAAGAUGGAUAUUGAGAAGUCGUUGAACCCUAUACCAAAUCAUAUCUUUGAUCAGUUUGUUUCCAUUGGAAGGCUUAUUACUGAUUAUCAAGAUGGGAGUGAUGCUGGGGCCUCCACUGCUAAUGGUGAUGAGGCACUUGAUGACAAUAAUAGCUAUGAGGCACUCAAUAACAAUAUGGGCGUGGCUGUUGAAUUUGAAGAGAAUGAUGAUGAAGAGGAAGAGAGUGAUCUGGAUAUGGUUCAGGAGGGUGAAGAGGAUGAUGAUGAUGUGGAUGAGCCCAAUGGUUCUGCGGCUAUGCAAAUGGGUGGUGGCAUCGAUGAUGAUGAUUCACAGGACGCGAAUGAGGGCAUGAGUCUUAAUGUCCAGGGUAUAGAUGCUUAUUGGCUUCAAAGGAGAAUCUCUCAAGCUUAUGAGCAACAAAUUGACCCACAGCAGUGUCUGAAGCUUGCAGAAGAGGUUCUAAAGAUACUUGCUGAGGGAGAUGAUCGGGAAGUUGAGACUAAUCUGUGGGUGCAUCUUCAGUUUGAGAAAUUCAGUCUCAUUAAGUUUUUAUUGCAUAACCGUCUGAAGAUUGUGUGGUGUACUCGUUUGGCAAGGUCCAAAGACCAAGAAGAGAGGAAGAAGAUUGAGGAGGAAAUGAGGGGUUUGGGUCCUGAUUUGGUUGCAAUUUUGGAGCAGUUGCAUGCAACGAGGGCAACUGCCAAGGAAAGGCUGAAGAAUCUGGAGAAGAGUAUUAGAGAAGAGGCUUGCAGGCUGAAGGAUGGGAGUGGUGGAGAUGGUAACAGGGAUAGGAGGGCUCUUGUUGAUAGAGAUGCAGAUGGUGGCUGGUCGCGGGGUCAGCGCCAGUUACUUGAUCUAGACAGCCUUGCUUUUGAACAGGGUGAUCUUUUGAUGGCAAAUAGAAAGUGUCAUCUUCCUACGGGGUCUUAUAGACAUCUUAGCCAGGGAUAUGAAGAAGUUCAUGUGCCAGCAUUGAAACCAAAUCCACUGGAUCCCAAUGAGAAGCUGAUAAAGAUCACUGAAAUGCCAGAGUGGGCACAUCCAGCUUUCAGAGGAAUGACUCAGUUGAACAGGGUGCAGAGUAGAGUGUAUGAGACUGCCCUUUUUUCAGCAGAUAAUAUACUGUUGUGUGCUCCUACCGGGGCUGGGAAAACUAAUGUUGCCGUGCUUACCAUACUUCAGCAGUUAGCAUUGAAUCAGAACCCAGAUGGUUCAUUCAACCAUAGCAACUAUAAGAUUGUCUAUGUGGCACCGAUGAAAGCUCUUGUUGCUGAAGUCGUCGGUAAUCUUUCUAAUCGUUUGCAGGUAUAUGAUGUCAAGGUGAGGGAGCUAAGCGGAGACCAGACACUGACGCACCAACAAAUUGAAGAAACACAAAUAAUUGUGACCACUCCUGAGAAGUGGGAUAUCAUUAAGAAAUCAGGGGAUCGGACCUACACGCAGCUUGUGAAACUGCUUGUUAUUGAUGAAAUUCAUUUGCUUCAUCAGAAUAGAGGGCCGGUGCUUGAAAGUAUUGUUGCUAGGACUAUUAGGCAAAUUGAAACUACAAAAGAGCAUAUUCGGUUGGUUGGGUUGUCAGCUGCACUUCCCAAUUAUGAAGAUGUGGUGUUAUUUUUACGAGUGGAUUUGGGAAAAGGGUUGUUCCACUUCGAUAAUAGCUAUAGACCCGUCCCUCUUUCUCAACAGUAUAUUGGGAUCACGGUCAAGAAGCCAUUGCAAAGGUUCCAGUUGAUGAAUGAUUUGUGUUAUGAAAAGGUUAUGGCAGUUGCUGGAAAGCAUCAAGUUCUUAUUUUCGUUCACUCCAGGAAGGAAACAGCAAAAACAGCUCGUGCAAUACGAGAUGCUGCACUUGAGAAUGAUACCCUUGGUAGAUUCUUGAAGGAGGACAUUGUCAGCCGUGAGAUUCUCCGAAGUCACACAGAUAUGGUCAAGAGCAAUGAUCUUAAAGACCUUUUGCCUUAUGGUUUUGCAAUUCAUCACGCUGGGAUGACAAGGGGUGACCGUAAAGUUGUUGAGGAUCUUUUUGGUGAUGGAAAUGUGCAGGUGUGUUCCACUACAACUCUUGCUUGGGGGGUGAAUUUGACUGCUCAUACAGUGAUCAUCAAGGGAACCCAGAUUUACAAUCCAGAGAAAGGGGCAUGGACCGAGCUUAGUCCUCUGGAUAUUAUGCAGAUGCUUGGUCGUGCUGGAAGGCCUCAGUAUGAUUCAUAUGGGGAAGGGAUUAUCAUUACUGGUCAUAGUGAACUUCAACACUAUCUUUCUUUAAUGAAUCAACAGCUCCCUAUUGAAAGUCAGUUUGUGUCCAAACUAGCUGAUCAGCUAAAUGCUGAAAUUGUCCUUGGGACUGUCCAAAAUGCUAAAGAAGCCUGCAAUUGGAUUGGAUACACUUACCUGUACAUUCGUAUGUUACGAAAUCCUUUGCUUUAUGGUUUGUCGCCUGAGGUUCUGAAAGAAGAUAUAACAUUGGGGGAGAGGAGAGCUGAUUUGAUUCAUUCCGCUGCCACCAUCUUGGACAGAAAUAACUUGAUCAAGUACGAUAGGAAAAGUGGAUAUUUCCAGGUUAUGGACUUGGGUCGCAUUGCAAGCUACUACUAUAUAACUCAUGGGACAAUAGCCACAUAUAAUGAGCAUUUGAAGCCAACAAUGGGCGAUAUUGAGCUUUGCUGGCUAUUUUCUCUUAGUGAAGAAUUCAAAUAUGUAACAGUUAGGCAAGAUGAGAAGAUGGAGCUGGCUAAGCUGUUGGACUGUGUUCCCAUUCCCAUACAGGGAAGCCUGGAAGAGCCUAGUGCCAAGAUUAAUGUUUUGCUGCAGGCAUACAUUUCUCAGCUAAAGCUUGAAGGGCUUUCAUUGGUUUCUGACAUGGUGUUCAUAACUCAGAGUGCGGGACGUCUUAUGAGAGCUCUUUUCGAGAUUGUAUUGAAACGGGGUUGGGCACAAUUAGCAGAGAAAGCUUUGAACUUGAUCAAAAUGGUUACCAAACAGAUGUGGAAUGUUCAAACACCUCUCCGCCAGUUCAAUGGAAUCCCAAAUGAAAUUUUAAUGAAGUUGGAGAGGAAAGAUUUUGCAUGGGAAAGGUAUUAUGAUCUCUCAGCUGCGGAGCUUGGGGAGCUCAUUUGUUACUCAAAGAUGGGCAGAACACUUCACACAUUUGUUCACCAAUUCCCAAAACUAAACAUUGCAGCGCAUGUUCAACCAAUUACUCGCACUGUUUUAAGGGUUGAACUUACAAUAACACCAGACUUCCAGUGGGAUGACAGGGUCCAUGGAUAUGUGGAGCCAUUUUGGGUAACUGUGGAGGAUAAUGAUGGUGAAUACAUUAUUCAUCAUGAAUAUUUUAUGCUGAAGAAGCAGUACAUAGAUGAGGACCACACACUGAAUUUUACUCUGCCAAUCUAUGAACCAUUGCCGGCACAGUAUUUUAUACGUGUUGUGUCAGAUAAGUGGCUGGGUUCACUAACUGUUUUACCUGUCUCUUUCAGGCACCUUAUAUUGCCAGAAAAGUAUCUUCCACCAACAGAGCUCUUGGACUUACAACCUCUCCCGGUGACAGCAUUGUGCAAUCCAGCAUAUGAAAAUCUUUAUAAGGAUUUUAAGCAUUUUAACACUGUCCAGACUCAGGUCUUUACUGUUUUGUAUAAUUCAGAUGAUAAUGUCUUAGUUGCUGCGCCAACAGGGAGCGGGAAGACGAUAUGUGCAGAGUUUGCCAUUUUGAGGAAUUGUCAAAAAGCAUCUGAUAGUGUCAUGCGUGCUGUAUAUAUAGCACCCAUUGCAGCUCUUGCCAAAGAACGUUUCCGUGAUUGGGGUGGCCGUCGUCUUGGAAUGCAGGUGGUUGAAUUAACUGGGGAAACAGCCAUGGAUCUGAAACUGCUUGAGAAAGGUCAAAUAAUUAUCAGUACUCCAGAGAAAUGGGAUGCUUUAUCCCGCCGCCGGAAGCAGAGGAAGUAUGUGCAGCAGGUUAGUCUUUUCAUUGUUGAUGAACUCCACCUGAUUGGUCCUGUCUUGGAGGUGAUUGUUUCUCGGAUGAGAUAUAUUUCCAGCCAGGUUGAAAACAAGAUGCGUCUUGUUGCUCUGUCUACUUCUCUUGCAAAUGCCAAGGAUCUUGGCGAAUGGAUAGGGGCUACCUCUCAUGGCCUUUUCAAUUUUCCUCCUGGGGUUCGUCCUGUGCCUCUGGAAAUACAUAUUCAGGGAGUGGAUAUAUCCAAUGUUGAUGCAAGGAUGCAAGCCAUGACGAAACCCACAUAUACUGCAAUUGUCCAACAUGCCAAGAAUGGAAAGCCUGUGGUUGUAUUUGUCCCUUCAAGAAAAUAUGUGCGACUCACUGCUGUGGAUCUGAUGACAUAUUCAAGGAUGGACGGUGAUCAGAAUUCAGCUUUUCUAUUGCGAUCCCAUGAAAACUUUGAGGAAUAUCUUAGUGGUAUCAGUGAAGAGAUGUUGAGAGCUACUUUGCGUCAUGGAGUGGGGUACUUGCAUGAGGGUUUAAACAGUUCUGAUCAAGAAGUUGUUUCAGAGCUAUUCAAAGGUGGAUUCAUUCAGGUUUGUGUUAUUAGUAGUUCGUUCUGUUGGGGAGUGCCAUUGACAGUACAUUUGGUGGUUGUGAUGGGAACACACUAUUAUGAUGGGCAGGAAAAUGCUCAUACGGACUAUCCUGUUGCAGAUCUAUUGCGGAUGAUGGGUCAUGCUGGUCGACCUCUGCUGGAUAAUUCUGGAAAAUGUGUCAUCCUCUGUCAUGCCCCUUGUAAAGAAUACUACAAAAAGUUCUUGUAUGAAGCAUUUCCUGUUGAAAGUCAUUUGCAUCACUUCCUACACGAUAAUUUCAAUGCAGCAGUUGUUGCAGGAGUUAUUGAGAACAAGCAAGAUGCUGUGGAUUAUCUCACUUGGACGUUCAUGUACAGGAGGCUCACUCAAAAUCCAAACUACUACAAUCUCCAGGUUGUAAAUCAGAGGCAUCUCUCUGAUCACCUCUCGGAGCUGGUUGAAAAUACAUUAAGUGAUCUGGAAGCAAGCAAGUGCAUCAUUAUAGAAAAUGACAUGGACUUUUCUCCUUCAAAUCAUGGCAUGAUUGCUUCUUACCAUUGCAUCAGUUAUACUACUAUUGAACAGUUCAGUUCUUCUUUGACUCUGAAGACAAAGAUGAAGGGUCUUCUGGAGAUUCUCGCUUCAGCUUCAGAGUAUGUGCAACUACCUAUACGACCUGGGGAGGAAGAGGUGGUUCGGAGGUUAAUUAAUCACCAGGGAUUUUCAUUUGAGAAUCCAAGAUGCACUGAUCCUCAUGUUAAGGCGAAUGCUCUUCUUCAAGCACACUUCUCGAGGCAAUCAGUGGGUGGGAACCUUGCAUUGGACCAGCGGGAGGUUCUCCUUUCUGCUAGUAGAUUGCUCCAGGCUAUGGUUGAUGUUAUUUCAAGUAAUGGUUGGUUGAGCCUUGCACUCCUUGCAAUGGAAGUGAGUCAAAUGGUGACUCAGGGCAUGUGGGAAUGUGAUUCCAUGCUUCUCCAGCUCUCGCAUUUCACAAAAGAUUUGGCGAAGAAAUGCCAAGAGAAUCCUGGCAAGAGCAUAGAGACAGUGUUUGAUUUGGUUGAUAUGGAGGAUGAUGAGAGGCAUGAGCUCCUGCAGAUGUCUGAUUCACAGUUAACUGAUAUUGCAAGGUUUUGCAAUCGUUUCCCCAACAUAGACAUAACUUAUGAGGUGCAGGAUGGUGAUAAUGUAAGGGCUCGGGAAGACAUUAUAUUGCAAGUCACCCUUGAGCGGGAUGUGGAGGGGAGGACAGAGGUGGGACCUGUUGAUGCUCCCAGAUAUCCUAAAGCCAAAGAUGAACGCUGGUGGCUUGUUGUUGGCGACACCAAGACUAACCAGUUGGUUGCCAUUAAGAGGGUGUCACUCCAAAGGAAGUCAAGGGUCAAGCUUGAUUUUGCUGCUCCUGCAGAUGCUGGCAAGAAAUCAUAUACUCUGUAUUUUAUGUGUGAUUCAUAUUUGGGCUGUGACCAAGAAUACAGUUUCACCGUUGAUGUCAAAAAAGUUGGUGGCCCGGAUGAAGACAGUGGAUGAGAAUGA